UUGGGAACUCUACUGCUGACGUCACAUGAGGACCGGAAGCAGUACGGUGGAAUGCCGGAAAUUCCUUUUGUUGACCAUCGGAUGUUUGUUUUUCGGCAUUUUUGAGUUCUAUUAAUUCACUGUUUUUCUAUUCUUACUUAAUGGGUUGGAUCGUGGCGCGUUAACAACUGAUACAAUAACAUUACCCGUGUUAGACAAGAGGGUUUUAUAUAGACAUUGCAUUAUUGUCUUAAUUGUUGUCGGGCCCGAGGCUGGGCUAACUUUAGCCUAGCAUUCAGUCCUGCUAGCUAGCGUUAGCUUGUGUUAGCUGUCAGUCUUGCUGGCUUAAAAGCCAGCCGUUCGCUCACUUAAUAACUCAUUAGUAAGAACGGUGAAAACAAAAACUCUAAAACCAUGGCAGUUGUCAACGAAGGUGCCCUUAAGAAAAUGCUGAAGCAAUACAAAUACAGAGAUCUGACUGUUCGUGAGAUAACCAAUGUCAUCUCCCAGUACAAGGACUUGAAGCCGCUUAUGGAUGCUUACGUGUUUAAUGAUGGCUCCACAAGAGACCUGAUGAGCUUAACCGGAACUGUCCCAGUGAGCUACAGAGGCAAUAUCUACAACAUCCCAGUGUGUCUGUGGUUGCUGGACACAUAUCCCUACAACCCUCCCAUAUGUUUUGUCAAACCUACCAGUGCCAUGAUGAUCAAAACUGGCAAGCACAUCGAUGCCAACGGCAAGAUCUACCUGCCUUAUCUACAUGAGUGGAAGCAUCCUCAGUCCGACCUGUAUGGUCUGAUUCAGGUGAUGAUUGUGGUUUUUGGAGAGGAGCCUCCUGUGUUUUCUCGCCCCACCACACAAGCCCCCUACCAAGCGUUCCAAGCAGCUGGACCUCCUAACUCUUCCUAUAUGCCUGGCAUGCCUGUGGUCUCACCCUACGGCCCAAAUCCUAACCCAGGUGGCUACCCAGCAUACCAAUACCCAGGGGGCAACUCUUACCCAGCCACUGCUGGACCUGCACACUACCCCAACCAGACUCCAGUUUCCACAGUGGGCCCAAGCAGAGAUGGCACCAUUGGCGAGGACACCAUCCGCGCAUCUCUGAUCUCAGCUGUGAGCGACAAGCUUCGCUGGAGGAUGAAGGAGGAGAUGGACAGAGCUCAGGCGGAGCUGGACGCCCUGAAGCGAACCGAGGAGGACCUGAAGAAAGGACAUCAGAAGCUGGAGGAGAUGGUCUCAAGGCUGGACCAGGAAGUGUCUGAGGUCGACCGGAAUAUCGAGCUGCUGAAGAGAAAGGAUGAGGAGCUGAGUGAGGCCUUGGAGAAGAUGGAGAACCAGUCCGAGAACAACGACAUCGACGACGUCAUCGUGCCGACAGCUCCGCUGUACAAACAGAUCCUGAACCUGUAUGCCGAAGAAAAUGCAAUUGAGGACACCAUCUUCUACCUGGGAGAGGCCCUCCGCAGGGGCGUCAUAGACCUGGAGGUUUUUCUCAAGCAUGUACGCCUGCUGUCCAGGAAGCAGUUCCAGCUUCGUGCCCUCAUGCAGAAAGCCCGCAAGACUGCUGGCCUUAGUGACCUCUACUGACCCACCACGGACUAUCAGGGAAGCUUUAUCUUCAUAUCUUCAUGCUCUCUCACUCUCUCUUCUUCCUCCUCUGUUUUAUAAUCGUUUUAAUGUCCUCUUGUAGCUGUCCUCGUUUUUGUUUUUAUUUUAAAUCUCUAUACAGUCUGUUCUUGUGAGACCGAAAUCUGAACGGCAACAACCGAGAACAAUUUAAAAAUGCAACAUUUACGAAAAACUGGAUUGACCUACGUGGCCACGGUUCUCGUAGGACAUCAUUUGUGUUUUGAUCUGACCAAAAAAAAAAAAAUCUUUUGAGAUCAUUAUGCAUUAACAGCCAUAACCCAUUUGCAA